AUGUCCAUUGAGAACUCGGUCAUUGUUCCAGCGUAUCAUGAGAAGCUUAACAUCAAACCUCUCACCACAAGAUUAUUUGCUGCUUUAGGCAACGAAGGCUCUAAGAAAACUGAGUUGAUCUUUGUGGAUGAUAAUUCACAGGAUGGCUCCGUCGAAGAAGUUGAAGCACUACAAAAGCAGGGUUAUCAAGUUAGAAUUAUUGUGAGAACGGACGAACGUGGUCUUUCUUCCGCUGUACUCAAAGGUUUUUACGAGGCCAAGGGUGAGUACCUCAUUUGUAUGGAUGCAGACUUGCAGCAUCCUCCAGAAAGUGUCCCUCAAUUAUUUGACUCUUUGAGAACACAUCCGUUCGUAUUAGGUACCAGAUACGCACCAGGCGUGGGUAUCGACAAGGACUGGCCAUUAUACCGUAGAGUGAUUUCUUCUGGUGCCAGGAUGUUGGCUAAACCAUUAACAACUGCUUCUGAUCCUAUGAGCGGAUUCUUUGGCCUACAGAAGAAAUAUUUGCUACAAAGUCAAACAGGAGAUAUUAACGCCCAGGGUUUCAAGAUUGCUCUUGACUUAUUGGUUAAAUUACCAUUGCCGACUAAUCAACCAAUUGGCGAAGUUCCUUUUUCAUUUGGCGUUAGAGUUGAGGGUGAGUCCAAAUUAUCGGGUAAAGUUAUUGUUCAGUAUAUUCAGCAAUUGAGAGAGCUUUACAUCUACAAGUUCGGUGCUAAUAACUUGGUUCUAUUCCUCUUUUUCUGGACGAUUCUAUUUUUCUACGCAUUGUACAAACUAUACACUUCCCUGUUUUAG